ACAUCCAAUUCGAAAGUCGACACUUGCACAUACUUUGUGCACGCUAGAGCUCUUUGAUUGUAUUAGAAAUAAACGGAUCGAAAAUAUUGCAAAACAUUGAUUUAAACUUUAAAGAGAUUUAUUCGACUGAAGGACUUAAUUUCAAUAUUUGUGAAUAAAAUCGUGAAAAAUAUUUGCUCGUUACAAAAAAAAAAAACAGAUCGUAAAUUGCGAAUAAGGGAGUUGCCGUGAAGGCAUAUACUACAAAUUGACGUAAAAAAGACAUCGAAAAAAAGACACAAUGGAUGACACGGCGUCGGUACAACUUUACAUUUACGAUCUGACAAAUGGCAUGGCAGCUAUGAUGAGCCAAAUGCUACUUGGCCGACACAUCGAAGGAGUAUGGCACACGGCAGUCGUUGUUUAUGGGCGUGAAUUUUUCUACGGCGGUUCGGGAAUUCAGAGUUGCUUACCGGGAUCAACCGUGCUUGGUCAACCGACAAAAAUAGAAAAGAUUGGCGACACAUUUAUACCAUAUCAAGUUUUCAAAGAUUAUUUGCGUGGAUUAGCCGAAAGUUCAUUUAGAGGAGCCAGUUAUAACUUGUUAAAGCACAACUGUAAUAUAUUCUCACAAGAAUUGUGCCAGUUUUUGUGUGGUAACAGCGUACCGAAGUACAUCUUAGAUUUACCACAGGACAUUCUAUCAACACCGCUGGGGCAGAGUUUGGCACCGUUGAUCGAAUCGAUUGCAAAUUCAGCAAGCGAAAGUGGUGGCAGUUUUUCAUACGAACCACAAAUUAGUGGAAGAGAACAGAGUCCCGGUUUUGACGAGUUAAACAGUGAAAUUGAACAAGCUCGAUUGCAAUCGAUUGCGUUGGACCGUAGCAGAGCGGCAAUUAAAGAGAAGCUUGCCAAAAAAGAGAAGAAAAAGGAGAAAAAGAAAAAGAAGAAGCAUUUUUCAACGUCAGACAGUGAAUCAGCAUUAAAUAUGUCAGAGGUUGAGGCAUCAUCGGAACAAGUGAAUGGCGCUGCCGGAAGCGAUAUACCAGAUGAAAUGCAACCGUCCGAAAGCCGAUUGAGACAAGACUCGCAAGAGCUGAACGAAGAAAAUGAACGGAAAAAAGCCCGCGAGCCAGCCAUUGUUUUCAAAGAUAUUGAGGCUGCUGUCGAAUUGGAAAAUCUCGUUCGGCUUGUGGAUGGAAAAUUGUCAAAAGACGAUGAGACCGCAGUCGAAGAGUUGCAUCAAUAUUUAAUCGAAGGUGAAGGGAGCUGGGCAUUGGGAGAAGGAUUUUUAUUGUUUGUCGGUCGUAUUUUAGAGGAUAAAAAUUUACCGCUUGAGGCACGUGUGCAUUUAUUGCGCACCCUUGCUGCAGCCGCUUUGAAUGACGACAUUAUUUUAUUGUUGCAUCAAGAUCGUCGAGAACAUAUUCUAAUGAACUAUGCGCAAGACAUUGAUCGCAAAUCACCCGAGGAACAAGAGGGACUCGCGUUAUUUAUUUGCAACUUAUUCGAAAAUAUCAGCUCAUCCGAAUGGCUUCUUUAUAUCUCGGAAUGGAACUAUAACAAUAAUCAAACUUCCAAUAUUCGCGCUUCAACCAAAGUCGCAGUUCAUUGUUUGCUUGCCUCUUCGCCAACUUUAAAAGACAUCGGAACCGCGAUUGUGUACAAUUUGGCUUGCAAGGAGGUAAAAACCGUGGUAUUUGAUGACAUUGCCGUUGAAUUGACGAUGGCCUUACUUCAAUUCUUCAGUGAAAAACCAUCGGAAGAGCAUUUGUUCCGAACUCUUAAGGCACUCUCCAAAUUUGUUACGGUGUCUGCGGAUAUUCCACAGUUAGUGCAAAUGAUUGGACCACAUCCAAAGUCAUUUAAAGGCAGCAGCAACCGUUGUGACGAGCUCAUCGAUCAAAUCUCACAAAAAGUUCGUUAAAAUCAGUCAUCGCAAAAAAGUGAACUAACCAAAAAAAAAGCAAAAGAAAAAAAUCGUUUGUGCAUUUCAUGAGUAAUUAAAUAAUAGUUUUUUUUGUUAACAUUUUCAUUUCGAAUUGAAAGCGGAAAAAAGUGGAUUUUUUUUUGUAAUAAUAUUAUUUGUUAAAAUCAAUAUAUAGUGGCAUCUGUGGAAAAUUUCACUGGAUAUCGAUGUGUUAUUGUACCUAUUGGAUAUAAUUUAUCACAAAUUAAACUAAAUAAUUCAAAAAUCGAAAUAAAUAAAUUAUCAAAUUGUCAUUAGAAUAGAAACAAUCAAACUGGGAAAUAAACGCAAAUAUUUUGCCAAAGA